AUGGACACGCAGCGACCAAGCUCUCAGAAGCUCCCCGCGGGAUUGGCUGGUGUUUUAAACCCGGACGAGAACCGUGACUCGGCUUAUUUUUCCAGUACAGAUGCCUCGAGCAAGCACAACUCAACCGCCUCAGGCAUGGGCACCAAUGUCCUCAGUCCCACCGGCUCCGGCUACCAGUCUUCGCUGGCCGACAAGACACCCUCACCUGUCACCGCAAACAUGGUUCCUCAGCCGCUGGUGUCCCCUGCCCAAAGCAACAUGAGCGUUGCUUCGAUGGUGUCGCCAACUGUCGGCGGCACCGACCCGCGUCGAGUCGAGCGCCCGACGUCAUUGGACUCCGGUAUGGCCCACGACUUGAUGGGUCCCGGGUCUCGCAGAGAGAGCGUCGACAGUAGAAUAAACCAGAACUUUCACGACAUGCGAUUGGGCGGGAACUCCCCGUAUGCAAGCCACAAUCAAUCGACAACCUCGAUCCAGAACACCCUUAAUCAGCAACGCAACCCCCGUAAUGGCCUCGACAACCUUUCUGUCCACCGCAUCUCCAACGGAUACCAACCGAGCAACGACAGGAACCCCGAGAACCCCAAGAUCAUUCGGACUGCUCCAGCCAUCACCGGUCCCGCGACGAGUAAUAUUGCGAGAGCAGCGGAGCCCACAAAGGGCCAGGCAUGGGCGUUUCCCGAGGAGGACAUACAGCGGAUCGGCCCCAAUGACGCGUACCUCGACUCCAGGCGAAGCAGCAUUGCUGAGUCAAUAGCCAGCAGCCAGUUUACA